AGCUUCAGGAAGUAGAUAAGCGCAGCUCAACUCUGGGUGCAUUUUUGCCCUGCUGCUGGGUACAAUGGCUGCUGCAAAUCCAGCCAAAACGCUCCAGGAGGAAGCUACUUGUUCCAUCUGCCUGGAUUAUUUUAAAGACCCGGUGAUGAUUAUAGACUGCGAGCACAAUUUCUGCCGAGCCUGCAUCACCCAGUGCUUGUGGGGAUGGAAGACAAACCUCUCCUGCCCCUGCUGCAGGGGCAGCUUUCUCCAGAGAAACCUCAAGCCAAACAGGCAGCUGGCCAACAUGGCAGAGGUGGCCAGACAGCUCAGCCUGCGGCUGUUCAAAGAGCCCCGAGGGGAUGGGGUGUGUGAGAAACACCUGGAGGCUCUGAAACUCUUCUGCGAGGAGGAUCAAACUCCCAUCUGUGUGGUGUGUGACAGAUCCAAGGAGCACAGAGCUCACACGGUGGUUCCCAUAGAGGAGGCUGCCCAGGAGUACAAGGUGCAAAUUCAGAGACACCUGGAGAUUUUGAAGAAAGAGAGAGCUGAGAUUCUAGAGUUUCAAUCGAGUGGGGAAAUGAAAAGCCAGGAACUUCUGAAAGAAGUGGAAGCCGAGAGGCAGAAGGUUGUGUCUGAAUUUCAGCAGUUGCGCCUGUUUCUGGAGGACCAAGAGAAACGCCGGCUGGGCUGGCUGGGCGAGCUGGACAAGGAGAUCGUGAAGAUGAGGGAUGAAAAUGCCACUAAAUACUCUAAAGCGCUCUCUUGCCUCGGCGAUCUGGUCUGCGAGAUGGAGGGGAAGUGCCAGCAGCCAGCGAGUCAGUUCUUGCAGGUCAUCAGAAGCACCUUGAGCAGCUGUAAGACAGGGAAGGAGAAGUUUCAAAAUCCAACAGCAGAGUCUCCUGACUGGAGAAGAAGAAUCAAAGAACUUUCUCAAGAAACCGUAUCGCUACGGGAUGCUGUGAGGAAAUUCAAAGAGUCUCUGCCAUCUGAAACUGUGUUGAAAACAGCAAAUGUGAGUUUUGAUCCAGCCACGGCUCAUCCCCGCUUCGUCGUGUCCAACAGACGGAAAAGCGUGAGAUGGGGAGACACGCGGCAGGAUCUGCCCUACAGUCCUAAGAGAUUUGAUCCUUCUCGCUGCAUGCUGGGCUGUGAGGGAUUCACCUCGGGGAAACAUUGCUGGAUGGUAGAAGUGGGGGAUGGGGGAAACUGGGCUGUGGGGGUGGCCAGAGAGUCUGUGAGGAAAAAGGGAGAGAUCAGCUUGGACCCUGCGGGGGGCAUCUGGGCCAUGGGGCUCUGCAGAGGUCAGUACCGGGUUCUAACCUCCCCUGUGACUCUUCUGACCCUGAGCAGGAGCCCCACGAGAAUUCUGGUUUGUCUGGAAUAUGAAGAGGGAUUGGUGACAUUUAUAGAUGUUGAUAGCAUAACCAGAAUAUUUUCAUUCCCAUCAGCUUCUUUUACAGGGGAGAAAAUCUUCCCUUUUUUCCGGGUUGGGGAUAUGCAAACGCACCUCAGGCUACUCCCCUGCAUCACAGGGUAACACCAGGCCUCAGGGAUCUGUACUGAGAGCGUCCUUGACAGAAGGAGAUGACCGGGUUACAGGGGCCAAACUCAUUGGCCUUGUCCAUGCUACAGGGAUGUUUGCGACAUAGCCAGCUUGCCCCAUAACUAUGCUAGGAUAAUCCCAUAGUGUAGAUGCAGUCGAUGCCAACAGAAGGGGCUUUGCCAUUGGUGUAGGAACUCCCCCUCCCCAAGUGAAAGAUAACUACAUUGAUGGAAGCCUACUUCUGUUGCCAUAGCUGCGUCCAUGAUGGGGGUUAGGUUGGCAUAGCUACAGCGUACGGGUGUGUGUUUUUUCCCGCAAUCCUUCCCGACGCAGUGUGUCAACCUAAUUUUUUAAGUGUGGCCCAGGCCAUUGUCUCAGGGAUUGUCCGGCCUGUUUCCCCUCCAACCUCUGCAGGUUCUCAAGGAUCGGCUGUCUGCCAGCUCAGAGUAUGAGAGAGGGGGAACCUGGGGUCGGGGAGAAGGAAGGAAAUGGGGUGUAGAGAAAGAAGCCCAAGAAAGAGGAAGUGGAGAUGGGGGAGGGAAAUAGUGAGUAGAGAAGGGAAACCUAGAGAAGAGAAGAUGUGGACUGGAGGGGGGAAGCUUGGGAAGGGGGGCGGGAUUUGAGAACAAAGAGAAGAGAUGAAAGGGGAAGGGGUGUGAUUACACCGUGUGAAUUACACUCACUUUAUGAUAAGUGGGAAGGUGAAGAUCACAUUUCUGUGCACUUGGUGGGAUCCUUUGCCUGAGCAGAGUCCUUGAGGGUACUUCUACACUAGAGCGGCACAGCUACAGUAGGGUUGCCAACUUGGUAAUAUUUAAAAAACGGGUACUCCAGCUGGAGUGCCAGAACCUCCCC